UGAAACGCUUUUUGUGCGUCCAUCUAAGAGGAAUGCUUCAUGCUUUAUCAAGAUAAACGGUUGCCUCGAUUAUACAUUCUUUGUUGAUUGGACUCAUUAGAUACACCCAGAAAAUACAUGUCCAUUAUGUUCAAUGUUUAUCUAGAAGUUGGUUCAGAUUCUUUCUAAUAGUGAAAUGAUUAGUUACACACUCCAAUUGCCUAAGUUGGACAAUCUUUGACUCUUAAUAUACUUGUCGGGACUGCACUGUUUGAGAAUGUAAGAUUUCAUGGUCGUGGACUCAUUCAAGUUUCCCUCUAGUUGAGAUGAUCAUCGACUGAUUCGAGUUUCCUUUUGCUCCCUUUAAAAUCUUCAAUCACGACAACAUUCUGCAAGCUGAAAGUCGUGUGUAGAACCCAUCUUAGGUGAGACUUUCAUAAUGAGUACUACAAUAUAGUUACUUUUUAACGAUUCCAAAGACCUUAUUAAAUAAUAUGCUAUACAUGUUGGUUAUGUGAUGAUUUGAAAGCUUCAUGUAGUUUUGCCUAAUUAUUGAGGCAUCAUGUACUCAUUUUAGUUGCCUUUCAGCUCCCCUUUAAAUGCAUCAAUUGUGAUGCAUUCAGAAACUUGGAAGUUUUUGUAUGGAUUCCUGGAAGAGAUAUUGGAAAAGAAGAUUCAAAGGCUGGUUUUUAUAACAUUAUUUUUGAAAGAUCCAAAAAAUACUAUAGUCAUGACAGUUUGUUUUUUUUUAUGUCAAGCGUGGGUUUUGUUUCGUGUUAUGAUUAAAAAAAUCAGUCUACUUAAUCUAGUUGUCAUUAUACUCCAUGCCAUAUUUCUCAAUUGCACUAUCACUUGUGAAUUGGAAAGCCUGAAUGGAGUCCUUGAUAGGAACUUAGAAAUGGUAACUUCAUCGUCACUGUCUCGCUACAAAACCCCAAGGAUUACAUGAUAGUUCAUGUUUUUGUUUCAAUUACAACUUUACUAGACAUGACAUAACUCCUGACAUGCUAUUCCUUGUUUUAUGAUGCUUAUCUUGCCUGUUAAAGGGUUGUCAUUGUGAUCCUAUAUCCUUGUCCUUCCGGGCUGAUCACAUUGUGAGAUAUUUUUUGUGUCACCAAACUGUGUUUGCUCAAUCUGUCUUUUGAUUUCCUAGAAAUGUGAUGCCAUGAAUAGGGUAAAGUGGUUCCGAGGAUGAUUAUACAGUAGCAACAUGAUGAUCCAUUUAUUUUGGUUGGACUAGUGUUUCUAUGAUUAUUUAUAUUAUAAUGUCCCCUUUCUUCUGGAUUGACGGUAUCUGUUGUUGUCUGAUCUGAAGUGAUGGUUGAUUUAUCGCUAUCUUUCGAUUUUCCCUCAAUUCCUCUAAUUUAUCGAGGUGCUUCUGUUCUAUGCAAAUUGAAACCCAUUUUGUGUCCAACAAGAGCCUAAGCAAUGCUUCAUGCCUUAGCAAGAUAAACUGUUGCCUGGUUAUACAGUCUUGGUCGGUUUGACUCAUCAUAUGUUUGUUGAGACCCUACCUUGUUAUUUGUAAAACCUGUUGUUAGUCCUAGAAGGGAACUUCACAAUGCGUAUUCUUUUAUAGAUAAAAGCCAGCUACGCUUUUUUCCAAAAGACUAUCUUUACUGUUUCAAUCCUUGGCGUUUAGUGCCAAAAGCCCUAUGGACUUUCUCUCGCAAAAUGGUUUGGUCCAGCUCCCCGUGGAAAGCUCCCAAGUCCCACCUUGCCUCCUCUUCGCAAUGCUGCCGCACGCCAUCGCCCAUGCCUCCUGUUAACCACUGCUCACCCACGCCAACAGCCAUGUACGGCUACAGCAACGACUCCACUGUGCUUUGGAGAAGAGAUACCAUCCCCGAAGCGUCGACGCCCUCCCUGUCUCGCAUCAGCCUGUCAUGCUUCCGUACUGCUAUGCCUUGCCGACCUCACCCCUAAUCCACAAUCAUGGGCUGCCAUCUCAGCCGUUCCGUACUUUCACCAUUCUUUUCACCUCCUCACCUUCGUUCCCACACGCCAAACCCAUGAACUGUACAAUUUCUCCUUACUCCCCUCGAUUAAGGGAAGAUCCAGCUCUUCUGUUUAACCCCUCUCAAAUUCAUCUACACGACCUCUUCAAUUCCAUUGUUCCUCUGUUCCCCAUUUGCGUACCCAGUUUUUCAGGCGAGGCUCUCUUCCACCCUCACUUCGGCCAUCAGCAAUAAUGGAACAGGUGAGCCUUUUUCUUAGGUUGCAGGCGAGCCUCUUCGUUCUUCCUCUCUCUCUCUCUCUGUGUGUAUUAUUAUUGGGUGUUUGGGUGAUGUUUGGUUUUAAUUUUCUUUUUCUUCAUCGAUUACAAUUCUCAACGCUACUGUUUGGUUUUACCAUCGCAGCGACGACCUCUCUUAACAGAAUCGAACAAUCAAAGGUGAAUCAAAAUAUUUUCUUAAGUUGACCAUUAAGGUUUGUAUUAGGUAUAAUGGUUAUGUCGACUGAACCUUCUCCUUUAUGUUGCUAGCUUUCUUCAAUCAUUGUCGUUUCCUUCUCUUUGAAUUACACCAGCCUGCUAUUUCAUUGUUCUAUCAUGUUAAGAGAGGUGGCAGCUGCAAAUAGUAAAACAAAACAGUAUGUUAGAUAUAGAUAUUUACUAUAUUUCGAACAAAUUCGGAAACUUUGCUUAGAUUUGUAUUCUAUGCUUUAGAUUCUUUUAUUUGUUCAAGGUGCCUGAACUUCAGAAUUACUGCAAUAUGCUUUUCCUUAUUAAUAGUUUUUGCCUGGUGUUUAUUUGUUCAGGAGGUGGCUAGCAUGGAAAAUGAAGGUGAUUUGGUUUGGCCUUCAUAAUUUGGUAGCAUGGAAAUGAGUAUAUCUUAUUUCGUAUUGGUUCUCAGUCUCAAUCAGGUCAGUUUUUCAGAGUUUCGCAUUGUUUUCAUUGGUUCUUUGUACCUAUUUUUUUCUCCAGAAUAUGAUUUUGUCUCAAUUCAUCUUGAGCUUAAGCAACUAAGACAAAAAAUUUGUUCAUCAACCGGAAAUAAUUUUUAGUCUACCUAAUUAACGGAACUAUAAUCCAAGUUCAUUUGCAUUAUGUUAAGCUGCACUAACUCUGCACUGUUAGUCAUGUUAGGAUGCUGCUUGGUCCUGUUCCUUACAUAGUCAAUGUUCAGCUUUCUGACUCAUCUUGCACAUCAAUUGCCCUUUAAGAUAACUUCUACUGUUACUGUGUGAUUUCAUCCUUUUAUAUCGGUGUCAUUAAUGAGUUUAGAUGUUGUGUAAAGAUUGGUGGAGAACCAAACAAUUGAAGAAUAUUCGAAGUUAACCAAUACUGUUGUUGUUGAUAUCAACAAGAGCCAGGUUGCAUUUCUUUUUCUGCCUCUAUUGGCUGCACAAAUUUUCUGGAUUUUUUUCUGGUGGAUUUCCCUAAAUAUGGAAGUCAUGGUUUAGGUCAAGUCACCAGAUUGAUUUAACUCUAAAUCUGAUGAACCAGCCUGCAGACCAUGUUAGGAGGAACAUUGUGACCAUGAUGAGAAACGAUGCAAGGAUGAUGAAACAGAAAUUGAGCAAUUUGGAUGAAGAUGCAAGGAUGGAUCAGUUAAUACUUCUUAGGUUGAAGGUUGUUCUUCAAGUUGCUGGGGAAUAACACAAAUAAGCAAUAGAGAUAUACAGAUUGUUGCUAUCACUUAUUCAGGUACAAUGUGAUUUGUAUGUACCUUUUUUCCAACAGUAUGUUCAAUUUCCAUGUAAAGAAGGUUAAUCGUAGGAUCCAUUUCUACAUUUUCAAGGAAGUGCAGAGGGGAGCUUAGAGCUGGUACCAUGUAGAUUUCUAUGUCAGAUGCUGCUUAGAACUGGCGGUGAGGCUGUAACCUAUAGGCCUAUGACUUUGCUGCUACUGUGUUUAUGUUCUGCUACCUGUGUAAAAUUAUUGUUCUAGGUAUUGAUCAUGGAUACUUGGGAUUCUGUAGUUCAACAAGGAGGCAGGAUACCAGGCUGAGGAAACCAAACUGAGGGUUGACUAUGUAGCUCCACCUCAACCUCCUUCUCCUGCUCACAGGUUGUGUGGUGAUCUCAAUUUCAUGUUCAAUUUUGGGAUUUUGAAACUAAUGGCCGUUGUUGGUUAAAAAAAAGUUGGCAGUACAUUGACUCCAUGUUGGACCGUUCCCUCCUUUGCUUUCAUGAAUCAAAUCGUCACGCUGCAGAAAUUGAAAGAGGCGGUAUGUAUAGGUGCAGCAAAGCUUACCGUUUUCCUAAUUUGAUGCUUAAAUACUGGGUUUAGAUAGGGGAUGAUUAUUUUCCUUUUCCUUUUGCUAGGGGUAGCAAAGUAACUAAGGAGCAGUGGGGCAAUCGCCGUGACUGGUGGCUAAAAUGGUGGUUUAGGUUGGGGUUGACACACUUGGAAUGGCUAUUGAUUCUGCCGUUGGGGUGCUGCUGUCAUUUUGUAUUUCACAAUAGUCCAUUGAACAUGAAAUAUUUUCUAACAAGUUCUCUUUCGUCUUGCAAAGUUCGUUGUCUCUGUUUUCUCUUAGUUUGUUAAGCAAUCACCAUUGUUUACCUUAUGUAACCGUAAAUUAAAAUGGAUUGUAUACCAAGCAUUAUCUUUGGUGAUAGGACUCUGAGGUGCCAACAAAGAGUAUGAUCAUUGAUCUCUCCCUCCUAUUAAUGCCACAUUGCUGAACAAAACACGCAACGUAGCCGCAUGCAUUGAUUCACAACACUUGGUAAAAUGAUGUUGUUCAACUGGAAAUACUUGCUUCCUGUACAGAUGCCAUUGCUUUUGACUAUUGGCCAUAGCUAAGUGUUACGGCAAAUACCCGUCUUUUUGCAAGUAGUGGAAAUUCCUGUACCAAGGAGACUGGUACAAUAAGUUUGCAUGCCUAUUUUAGAAGCUCAAGUUUCCUUUUUGGUGAUCGUGUGGGGUAGCUUCAGCUUGCAGGUUUUGGUCUCUUAUAUUCCCUGAGGUCAAUGCUUUAGAGUAUCUUGAAGUUUUCUAAAUGUUGGGUCUAUUUUUCAUCUAAGCUUCCUCCUUUCUUCUCUAUAAUACAGUGAAAAAAUCAAUACUUUGUGAUGAACUAUGGACUCUUCCAUAGAGCUGGGAGUGAAUGUUUAGUGUGCCCUCAAGUUGGUUUCUGAAUUUUGGGUUUAACCAAAAAAACAUAACCAUUCUCUUAGAGAAACAAUUGUUCAACGCCCAGUUUCUCAUGUGUGUAUAAAUUGGUAGAGUACAUGCGAAGUUUUGACGUAGACCUGUUGCAUUCAUUCUUGCUUCUUCAGAAAUGGUGGACUUUGUUAGGCUUUGGGAUCAUGGGGACAUGGACUCAUGUUGCUUGAAGUAUUAAGUGGAAAGCAACCAACUGAUGCAUCAUUCAUUGAGAAGGGUCUGAAUAUUGUUGGUUGAAUGUGUCUCUUUACUUUGUACUCUCAAGAUUGUGAUAAGAAGUUUUGGCAGCCCUGCUUCAAAAGUUAUUUUUGAUCAUUACAGAAUAUAUUUUGGAAGGCCUGCUACUUCGGAAUAUUAUAGCAUGUGAGUGUCACAGAUAACUAACAGACUACUCUUUAGUUGAUAAAUAGUUUUGAAGUUUUAUCUUAUUAAAUGAUUAUAAUUUGAAGUUGACCAAAAUGUCUGCAUGCUUUUCUAUAAUCAUUGUAUUGUAAGUUGUCUGGACUGGCAUGAUAAUUUGCGUAUAUAAUUUCUAACUAUUUAUGUCUAUUGAUUAUAUUGCAGCUAUUAAUUAAAAUAGUGUUAAAUCACCCGCGGCGUAGCCGUGGGUAUUGAUACUAGUACUACAUAAUAAGAUAGAUCAAGGUAAUAGCUUGUCCAUGUAAGUUUAAUGCCUAUCUGAAAGCCAGGUCCGAUUUUGCCUUAGAAUAAGAUGAUCAGAUGCUCACUCCCGUUGCCCUUCUGUUCAACUUCUGUUGUGACUGCCUAGUGGUGGAAGAAACACAAAUGAGCUCCAAGAAACCUGUGGACUCCUUGAAGGACUUGCCGCGCAGUUCAGUGGUUAGCCUUAGGGAUGACAACAAAACCCGAACCCACGGGUACCCACUCGAUCCAAUCCGGUCAACGCGGGCAAAAUUCGUGUUGACGGGUUUAGGGUCAGUUUGGGUUUAAACCCGUUCAUUAUUCACCGGGUUGGGUUGGGUUGAGUUUAGGUUUAGGUAAACUCGACCCAUGGGUACCCGCCCACACUCUUAUAAUUAAUUUUCUCGGUAUAUUUAAUAUUCUAAACAACUGGUCUUAUUUAUGUUUGUGGAGACAUGUGUAAUUUUUUCAUUCUAAUUGUGUAGAAUGAAGUUGAUGUUAUCGAGUGGAGAGUGAAGAAACUUAAUUGAAAGAAAGAAGCUUUCAAUUAAUCAUGUUAUUUAUGGAUAAUUUGUGAUUGGCUACAAUUUUCUUGAGUUUUCUAGAUUGGUGUUGAUUGUUGAACAAUUUGUAUAGUUAAUUUGUGAUUUGCUUGAAUUUUCUAGAAUGGUGUUUUAUAUAUGGAUCAUUUGUAUUGAGAGAUUGAUAUUUGACUUUAAUUUUGAUAGGAACUUGUUAUUGUAAAUUUUGUACGACAAAAACCCGUGGGUACCCAUGAACCCGCAGAUACCCAGCGGGUUGGGUUUGAGUUUUUUCAAACCCAAUUGGUUUUACCCUGAGUUUUUUUCACGUAUAAACCCAUGAGUAUGGGUUUAGAUUUGGCAAAACCCAACCCGACCCAUUGCAUGAAAGAAAGCAGCAUCAAGUCCUUAGGUAUCAUUUUUAUGGUUUUUGCCCUUCUAAGAUUAUUUUUACUCAUUCUGGUUAGUGGUUACCUGCCCUUGUGCUACAUUUCCGGUUACUCGUGAUGGUGUUUUGUAAUCAAAAAGUCCUUUAUGGUUCCCAGAAGAGAGAAUGACAUCAUAGAUAGACCAAGAUGUCAAAUCAGGGUGCUCAAUUAGUAUGAUAUUGACCGUUUUGGGCCAAGCCCGCACAGUUUUACUCUUGGGUGUCCUCCCCAAAAGGCCUCGUACUAAUUGCGCUAGGUGGACACUAAUAUACAAGGGUCCCUUCCCUUGUAUUAUCGAUGGUGGUACUUGGAUUGUCAGGAUUGUCCCAUAACAAUCCUCCCCUCAAGACAAGGACCACGAACAUCGUGUCCUCACCUCAACAGCCCAGACGCAGAUCUCCCUUUGAUCUGCUUCCCAAAUGCGGAACUCUCUUUGAUCCGCCAAACAGACGUGGGUCUCUCCUGGAUCCAAACUGACAUCCACCGCCCUGGAUCCAAACCAUGCUCUGAUACCACUUGUCAAAAUCGGGCUGCUCAAUUAGUAUGAUAUUGUCCGCUUUGUGCCAAGCCCGCGUGGAUUUACUUUUAGGUGUCCUCCCCAAAAGACCUUGUACUAAUUGCGGUAGGUGGACACUAAUAUACAAGGAUUCCUUCCCUUGUAUUACCGAUGUGGUAUUUGGAUUGUCCCAUAACACAAGAAAAUGCAUUGUUUAUAUAAUUUCAAUGAUUAUUUGAAAGUUGAGUACUGAGUUGCCUUGUAAUAAGUGAUCAGUUACUCAUUGAGUUACCUUUUGCUCCACUUCAAUUAUGACAAUGAUUUGUAUUCAGAAAAUACAAUAUAGAUCCCUAGAAGGGAACUUGAGAAUAAAUAGUGUGGUGAUGCUGAGGUAAUUACCGUGGUUAUUAAGGGUAAAUUGGGUAUGGAAAAAUAAAUUAUAUUAAUAAAUUUUUUAAUAAAUUAUAUUAAUAAAUUUUCUAAUAAAUUACAUUUUUUGUAGUUACAAAAAUCUAUUAAUUAAAAUUCUCUCUUUCUCUCACUUCCGUAAUCUCCAACCAGAUUUCCUUUCCAUAUUUUUCUCAAUCUUUCUGCAAAAAAAAAAAAAAAAAAACGAAAUCAGUACCAAUCCAUUAGACAAACACUACCACUUUGAAAAACAUCAAUACCAUUGCAGAAAUAAAUCUAUACCAUUACACGAAAACUACCAAUAUAAACAAUCUAUACCAUAAACAAACAAUACCAUUGUAGAAAUAAAUCUAUACCAUUACACGAAAACUACCAAUAUAAACAAUCUAUACCAUAAACAAUCAAUACCAUUGCAGAAAUAAAUCUAUACACGAAAACUACCAAUAUAAACAAUCUAUACCACUGCACAUUGAAUCAAUAAACAAAAAUUACUAGAUCUAGGUUUUUAAAUCUAUACCACUGCACAUGAGAGAGAGAGAGAGAGAGAGAGAGAGAGAGAGAGAGAGAGAGAGAGGGUACCGAGGGUGGUCGGGGGCUGCUGCCGGCGGUGGCCGAGGGUAGUCGGGGCUGCUGUCGGCGGUGCGACGGGAGUAGUACGUGGAGGCGGCUGCGAUGGGUUUGGCUGGAGGGAGGAUAGAACUAGGGUUUAGGUAGAUUAUAUAGAAUAAUCAGGUGUGGUCACAUUUUAAUUUCCAAAAUUAUCCUAAAAGAAUCUUGACCGUAAGAUAAAAAUAGAAGAAAAAAUAAUUAAUCAAAUGAUAUAUAAAGAGGUUGCCACCGUGAUUACUAAAAACAAAUAAUCACCCUAACCCAUUCCGUGAUGCCGAUGCUCUGUUACUUGUUCGGAAUGGAGUCCCAAAAUGGAACUGACAGAAUUCUAUCAACUUAUUGAGGGGCGUAGGAAUGGUUAUUACCAGAUUAUCUCAAAUCGUCACCUUAACUCACACCCUUUCUGUUCAGAUUCUACUUACAGGUGCGCUGCUCACUUUAAUACAUCUAAUCAGAAAACUAGAAUUGGGUAUUUAUUUAGAUUGAUAUGGUAUAAAAGACUCACCCAUUAGAGGUAUAAACGAUUCAAAUUAUU